UUGACCUUCCCUCUCGCUUUCUCACGUAUGACACGUUUGGCGUGUGCUCAGCUCGUCUGGAUGAAUGGAGAAGUUGUCAACUGAACGAGUUGAAAAUGCUGAUAGAACUCAUCCUCUGACCGCCGUCUAUGCACAGCAGGCUCUACUUAAACAAACAUAGGGAACAAUGGUGAAGUAUUUCUGCUGUGCAGAUCUACUUAAAGGUACCUGGGACCAAGUGUGUAUUGCGUUUUGGCAGCGAUAUCCAAAUCCUUACAGUAACCAUGUGUUGACUGAGGACAUUAUUUUUCGAGAGAUCACUCCAUCCAACUGCCUUAUUUCCAGACGUCUUUUGACCAAAACUAGCCGAGCACCUCGAUGGAUGGAGAGGUACCUUCCAAAGAAAAUGUCUAGUUUAGCUUACAUUAUUGAGGACUCCAUCGUGGACCCUCAAAAGCGGACCAUGACAACACUAACAUGGAACAUCACUCAUGCUCGCCUGAUGUCUGUGGAAGAGCGGUGCGAGUAUGGCAUAAACCCCGAGAAUGGCAGCUGGACUCAAAUAAAGAGAGAAGCUUGGAUUUCUUCCAAUGUUUAUGGUCUCUCAAGAGCAAUUCAGGAAUUUGGACUGGCAAGAUUCAAAACCAGUGUUACAAAGACAAUGAAAGGUUUUGAUUAUGUGUUGGCCAAAAUGCAAGGUGAAAUGCCUUCAAGAACUUUGGCAGAAACAGCGACAGAGAGAGCAAAGGAGACUGCACUGGCAGCUAAAGAGAAAGCUAAAGGACUUGCCUCACAUGCUCAGAAAAAACAAUACGUUUGAGCUUCAUGUAUGACUGAUAGAGGAGGUGCUGGCACUAGGGAAGAUUUGCUCUAAUCUGUCUUUAUAAUUUAAGACAAAUUGGUCCUGUCACAAGCAGACUGCUGUAUGAAAGCCUCUCAAAUAAAGGCCCAUGAAGGCCUGCUGUAAAUGGCUGAAACCAUCUCAGUAUUUACCGGUGAUAAGGAUCUUGCUAUGGAACAGUUGAAGGUGGCUCUGGGUUCCAUAAAGUAAUUAAAGCCAUCAGCAUAAACUCUUCCUCAAACCUUUGCCUCCAUUUUGUCCGUAAAUUUCACUCAUCCUUGAUUCUUAUGACACACAGCUGGCAAGUGUUAUUCAAUACACUAUGGCUUAAAGUAGUUCAUUAAUUGUCCUCAAAUUUAGUAAUUAAAUUAUUGUUAUCUGGGUAUAGACUGAUUCCAAAACAUGUCUUCUGGUAAGAGGUUUAUGGCUCAGUAUAUUGUAAUUAUACUCAAUCGAGAUGUCCUCAAGUGACAUUACUUUACAACAACUUAAUAUUUGCAAGAUUUAUUGCUUAAUUCAAAAAUUUUGGUUGUAGCCCUGCAGUAUAGUAUGUUAACUGCAUCUUACAAAAGUACAAAAUAAGGUGAGUCACCCACAAUUAUAAACUUAAGACUUUGCUUUGUUUUGUUCAUGGAACAAAUUGUUGGUUGCAAGAACUUGAGAAAAAUGAUUCUGAAAUAUUGAUGGGUAUAAAUUGAUACCCUAUUUUAUAUGCUUAACUUUGAUUUGGUGAUGCACAAUAUGUAUCAGCUAAUCAAUAAAAUAUUUUUCUUCAUAAAA